UCCACCUUACACAUCAGGAAACUGAGGCAGAGAGAGGUUAAAUAAUUUUUCCAAAGUCUACAGCUACUAAGUAUUCCCAUGGUUCAUGGUAAUAAAAACAUAUAAUUCUAAAAGUUUUCUGUUGCUCUGAUAAUAUAUAUUCUUUCUUUCCAGCCAGGCUAUCUUCUUUUUGCCCCAAACUCAAUUAGCAUUUUUGGAAGACCCUCUACUAAUUUCCUUUCUCUUGUGUAGCCUCCAGACUAUUGUCUGUACAGCAAGAGUCUAGCGAUAUUAGAGAUAGUAUUGUAACCUUACAUAGCCGGUGGUACAAAGGCAGUCAGGAAGAGUGCAUCCUUUUCAACCUAGAAAAUGUAAGAUCAUGUGAGGACGCGUGGUGGCGCUGCAGGAUAAGAAGGUAUAAACCGGAACCGCAGCUGCGGCUCCAUUAACAAGCUAAAUUUACCAGCAGAGCCUGGAAGCCCGCUGGAAGAUUGGGCGCCACAAAAGAGGAAUGGAUCCUCUGAAAAAAAGGCUACUGACGUGAAUAUUUUUGCGAUAUCUUGUGGAAUAACCGCAGUCUCAGAUACUGUGGUUUUUACUGUUCUGGGGAACCAUUCUCGCAAGAGGCUGUGCUAAGCAAGAACUAUGGAGGCCAGCAGGAAGCUCAUUUGCAGAAAAAGGCAAGUCCUUUUUUUAUUUCUUCUCCUGGGCUUAUCUCUGGCCGGCAAGAAACCCGGGCGCUACUCAGUGGUGGAGGAAACUGAGGGCAGCUCUUUUAUAACCAAUUUAGCAAAGGACUUGGGUCUGGGGCAGGGGGAACUCUCUAGGCGGGGGGUUAGAGUCGUUUCCAAAGGGAACAAACUGCGUUUGCAGCUCGAUCAGGAGACCGGGGAUUUGUUGUUAAAAGAUAAAUUGGACCGGGAGGAACUGUGCGGUCACAUGGAGCCCUGUGUGCUACGUUUCCAGGUGUUGCUAGAAAAUCCCUUAGAGUUUUUUCAAGCUGAGCUACAAGUAAUAGACAUAAAUGACCACGCACCGAUGUUCGUGGAGGGUGAGAUGUUAAUAAAAAUAUCAGAGAGCAGUCCUCCUGGGACUACAUUUCCUCUGAAGAAUGCUCAAGACGUGGACGUAGGCCGAAAUAAUAUUGAGAAUUAUAUAAUCAGUCCCAACUCCUAUUUUCGGGUCCUCACCCGCAAACGCAGCGACGGCAGGAAAUAUCCUGAGCUGAUGUUGGACAAACGGCUAGACCGCGAGGAGGAACCUGCGCUCAGGUUAAUCCUCAUCGCACAGGAUGGCGGCUCUCCACCCCGGUCUGGCACAGCCCAAGUCUAUAUCGAAGUCGUAGACACCAAUGACAACGCCCCUGAAUUUGAGCAGUCUCUCUAUAGGGUGCAGGUCGCCGAGGACAUUCCCGUAGGCUUCCUGAUUGUCACCGUCUCGGCUACGGACAUAGAUACAGGAGUCAAUGGAGAGAUUUCGUAUUCACUUUUACAGGCUUCCGAGGAGAUUAGCGACACCUUUGAGGUAAAUCCCAUGACAGGAGAAAUUCGACUGAAAAAAGAGCUUGAUUUUGAAACAUUUCAGUCUUAUGAAGUCCAUGUCGAGGCCAGAGAUACUGGAAGCUUCACUGGAAAAUGCACUGUUCUGGCUCAAGUCACGGAUGUGAACGACAAUGCCCCAGAAGUCACCAUGUCUGCAUUUACCAGUCCCAUCCCUGAGAACUCGCCUGAGACUGUGGUUGCAGUUUUCAGUGUUUCAGAUCUUGAUUCUGAGGAAAGUGGCAAGAUAAGCUGUUCCAUUCAGGACAAUCUACCCUUCCUCCUGAAAUCUGUCGAAAACUUCUACAUGCUGCUAACAAACAGACCUCUGGACAGAGAAAGCAGAUCUAACUACAACAUCACCAUCACUGUCACUGACUUGGGUACGCCCAGGCUGAAAACUGAACACAACAUAACCGUGCUGGUCGCCGAUGUCAAUGACAACGCGCCCAUCUUCACCCAAACCUCCUACACCCUGUUCGUCCGCGAAAACAACAGCCCCGCCCUGCACAUCGGCAGCGUCAGCGCCACUGACAGAGACUCGGGCACCAACGCCCAAGUCACCUACUCGCUGCUGCCGCCCCAGGACGCGCACCUCCCCCUCGCCUCCUUGGUCUCCAUCAACGCCGACAACGGGCACCUGUUCGCGCUCAGGGCCCUGGAUUACGAGGCCCUGCAAGCGUUCGAGUUCCGCGUGGGCGCGGCCGACGCGGGCUCCCCGGCGCUGAGCAGCGAGGCGCUGGUGCGCGUGGUGGUCGUGGACGACAACGACAACUCGCCCUUCGUGCUGUACCCGCUGCAGAACGGCUCUGCGCCCUGCACAGAGCUGGUGCCCAGGGCGGCCGAGGCGGGCUACCUGGUGACCAAGGUGGUGGCGGUGGACGGCGACUCGGGCCAGAACGCCUGGCUGUCCUACCAGCUGCUCAAGGCCACGGAGCCCGGGCUGUUCGGCGUGUGGGCGCACAACGGCGAGGUGCGCACCGCCAGGCUGCUGAGCGACCGCGACGCGCCCAAGCACAGGCUCGUCGUGCUGGUCAAGGACAACGGCGAGCCGCCGCUCUCGGCCAGCGUCACGCUGCACGUGCUGCUGGUGGACGGCUUCUCCCAGCCCUACCUGCCGCUCCCGGAGGCGGCCCCGGACGAGGCCCAGGCCGACUCGCUCACCGUCUACUUGGUCAUUGCCUUGGCCUCGGUCUCGUCGCUCUUCCUGUUCUCGGUGCUGCUGUUCAUCGCGGUGCGGCUGUGCGGGAGGCGCAGGGCGGCCUCGCUGCCUGAGGGCCACUUUCCGGGCCGCUUGUUGGACGUGAGCGGCACCGGGACCCUGUCCCAGAGCUACCAGUACGAGGUGUGUAUGACUGGAGGCUUACCCCCCAGGGAAUUCAAGUUCCAGAAGCCAAUUUUACCCAAGUUACAGGGCCAGUGCUUUGAGCCAGAAAUAGAGGAAAAUCCCAACUUUAGGAAUGACUUUGAUUUCAGUAUUCAGUGACCACAGUUGUUUUCAAAUUCCAUAUUUAAUUUUUUGUGAUAAAUUCAGGUGUUAGUUUUUCUAUAAACCUAUUAUAGAUUUUAAAGUCCACCAAACUUGCUUGGAAAUUUCUUAAGUUAUUCCUAGGUUUAAAAAACGGUAUCUUAGCUUUUCUUCACACCUAUAACAAGAUGAAUGGCUCUAAAUCUAGCAUCUCAGAACAAAGAUGAAGUCAAUUUUUCCAUAAACUCUUGUUUUGGAAUAGCUUAGGAAUAUGUUAGGGAAAAACAAUGGAAUGUUUAUUCUGUUAACUCAUUUUUAAUUGUGUUUCCAUUCUCUUGUUAGUAAACCAUUAGGUACAUACAUAGCAAUAAUACACUACAGUUAUCCUGCAGUAUGCCUAUUCAGAUAGGGAAAAGAAGUUGUGCAGUAAGAAUAUCUCACCCUUGCUUUAGGUUGCCCUCAAGGCACUAAACUUCUUUGAAUUUGUUUUCUCUUAAAAUGUUAUGCUAAUUGUGUACUUUCAUUAUUAUGUGUGUUGGUUGCUUUUGAUUUAGUUUCAUUGGUGUUAGAUGGGGGGGAGGGCGACUACAUUGUGUUUAUCCAAUGAGAUGUAGUAGUAUGUAACAAAUGGGUUUUUCUCAUUUGAGAAACAUUGAUCAUAAUUUAUCUGUGACAAAAACUCUAGUAGCCACCCCAAUACAUUCGUCUUUUCUUCUUUGGUAAAAGAUUUCAAAUUGUACUCAAAUUGUGUUUAAUCAAAGAAUACAUCUUGCCCAUCUCCUUGGCAGCUAGCACUAGUUAUGGUCAAUGAGACCUAUAUACAAAUGUUGCAGGGAAAGUCCAAGAAGGGUGCUUAAAGGGAGUUGAUUCAUCUAGGAAGUGGUCCCCUUUUCCCUAGCUGUUUCUUGCUGCCUGAAAUGUGGGUGUGGUGGCUGGUGUGCAAACAACCAUAUUGGAACACAAAACAACUUUAAUGAUUGAAACAAUAGACUGAGACAGUGUAGAAUAAACAUAAAAGGAGCAAGGGUCCCUGAUGACCUUGGAGUCAUCCCUCAAUUGCGUAUUUCUGAGUUUCUUUAAAGGAAUGUCUAUAUCAUUUAAGCCACCUUCAUUUUUGUUUUUGUCCUACUUCCAGUGGAAACUAAUCCUAAUUUUUUAACAGUAAGAUUUUUAGUAAGAUAUUAUAUAAAUACA